UUAUUUGAUCUCAGGUCUGUAGAAGAAGUAGAAUAUAUAUUCAUAAACUUACAUUUCACACACAUGAAUAUAUGGAUGUAUAUUUUUUUGACUUUGUAUUAAACACAACUUAUUUUUGAAUUAUUUACUCACAAAAUUUACAAUUUUUUACUAAUUAUGUCCCUGUUAAUCAUUCAGUAUAACUGAGAUCAUUCGAAAACUCGCUUAAAACCUUUAAGAUAAUAAUUAGCAUUAUGAUCUAAACGCUCUUUUUUGUUAACCGGACAAAGUGGUAUUUGACAAUGAACUACUCGGCGUAAUAUUCACACUACUGCAAACAAAACAAAAAUGACUUGAUUUGUAAAUUUUCGCAAAUAAUUUCAUAAACACAUCCAUACUUUCCGGAAUUAAUCCAUCCUUCCGUUCACAUCGAUAACGAAUAAAUGUAGUACAAACUACAAAAACAAUAGCAUCUAUUAUUGACAGUGAGAACACUUGGUAAACAAUACAGCUGUGAAAUUCAAAGUCUGUUUUUUUUUUUAUAAAUCUCGUUGUACAAAAUAAAAUUUAAUUGUUAAGAGUUCGUUUUAGUAAGAAAAAGUUGUAAACAUAUAUGAAAUACAAUUUUAAUGACAUGGCCGCUCACUAUAAAAGUACUUCCGACAAACUAAAUGUUAUUGACAGAAAAACCUUCGAAAAUAUAAAGCAGAACCAAGGUACUGAAAACGAUGAUCCCUUCUGUAAAUUAAAAAAUGCCAAAUUUCGGAAAAAAAGCGCUGUGAAAUGUGGUGGAGGUACAACCUUUAAUUUACUCCAUUUUCUUAUUAAAACUUCUAAGGAAAGAAAAAAGGAAACAAAGUUAAAAUACCGAACUGUUUGCAAAUUUGGAAAUCGUACGCAUAAAACCGGGAAGCAACGAGGAAAGACUAGAGAAGGUGGUAAAAGAAAAAAGUAUACCAAGUUGAAAAAAGCUAUAUUGAACUACAGGCAGCAGAAAAUACACAAUCAACAAAAACCUCAGUUAAAACCAGAAUUACUACAGGAAACUGUGCAUCUAAUUGAAUCUCUUUCUAUUGAUUCCAAAGAAAUAGAAAAAGAGCCAGUUAGUAACGAAUUGAAGCCUACACAAGAAUAUGUUAAAACCGCUCACUCGAGACGAUUCAGAAGUUAUUGCGACAAUUGCACAACUCUUCUAUUGAAAAAACUUACUGAGCAACUACUCCGCGAACUUGAUCGCUUUCAAAAACGUGCCGUCGCUCAAAAUGCAAUAAAGGCUCAUGCUCAUCGACGUUUCGUAGUAGGAUUUCGUGAAGCCAAUAACUUUUUACUUGUAAACAAAGUAAAAUUGAUAAUCAUUGCACCAGACUGUGAAAAAUGUGAUGGCGAAGACGGACUGGAUGCGAAGAUUUGCAAUAUUAAGAAGCAGUGCCAACAGCAGAAUAUUCCAUAUCUCUUCUCACUAAGGCGUCGUGAAUUGGCAUAUACAUUGUUUAAGAAAGCCCCGGUUGGCUGUGUCGCGGUGCUUGAUUUCGAUGGAGCACGUGAUAUAUUUCUAAAGUUGUUACAAGAGUUAGAAAUAGCAAGAAAAUCUUAUGAAGAUCUUGCAAUUGUACGAUCUGCUGAAAUAAAAUAAACAAAUCUAAAAACUUGGGACUAAAUAA